AUGGAUAAAAAGAGCUCUCAAGUGGAAAGACCCGUCGUCUUUUUUGACAUUUCAAUUGGUGAUGUAGCUGUUGGACGUAUGAAGAUGGAACUCUUUUCAGACAUUGUGCCCAAGACUGCCGAGAAUUUUAGACAAUUAUGUACAGGCGAAUACAAGAGAAACAAUCAACCCCAAGGAUUCAAAAACAGUUUAUUCCACAGAGUGAUCAAGGAUUUCAUGGUACAAGGUGGAGAUUUUUUAAAAGGCGACGGUACUGGAUCAAUGAGCAUCUAUGGCGACAAGUUUCCAGACGAGAACUUUAUCGAAAAGCACAGUAGCGCUGGAUUACUGUCCAUGGCAAAUUCAGGUCCCAACACUAACGGAUGUCAGUUUUUUAUUACAUGUGAUGCCUGCGACUUUUUGGAUGGAAAGCAUGUUGUGUUUGGGCGUCUUGUGGAUGGUUUAUUGACACUGCGUAAGAUUGAAAAUGUAUCUACUGGACCCAACAAUCGCCCAAAAUUGCCUGUCAAAAUCACUGAAUGUGGACAAAUGUAA